GGUUGGUUUCUUUUUUGGUUUUCAGUGGGCAUUGGCCGCCGUUGAGCGGUCGACAAAAUGCCGUCGGAACUGCCCUUCAUACGUCGUUGCUGACUUUAGUAGUCCAUUUUAAGUUCCUUUAAUCCAUACAUCACACGUACAAAAUGGAGCACAAGCCGUUUCUGUGGAGUAACGACCGGCAGAAAAUACUCAUUGACUUUUUCAAGGAGAACGAAUUUCUGUACAACCCUAUUCAUCCAGACUACAAGAAGAGGAGACUUCGAGACAAGAAGAUUCUCGAACUGUGCAAUACACUCGGGUGUUCAAUGCUGGAAUGCAAGAACAAGUUCCACAACUUGCGCACGUACUUCUUCCGCGAGUACAACAAGGUUCUCAAGCACAACGGGACAUGCAACGGAAAUGGAGAGGAAACUUACACCUCCAAGUGGGACUUCUACGAAGACAUGAAGUUUCUUAAUGUGUGCUACCUUCCUCGAACUAUGGAGAUAGCGGCCGCAAAUGAGAACAACCAUGAGCCCCCGGCAGAUCCAUCUGGCGCAGAAAACAACUGGGAAGUCAACAGCAUUCUGGAGCCAGACUGCCUUAUAGAUGAGUCCACCGAGGUGCUGGAGGCCGAGCAGGACAGCUCCAGCGUCUCGGAGCACCGUGCCCAGACGCCCCCGCACAAGCGGAGAAAACAGCAGGAGGAGCAGUCCGCGACGUCGGCGACGCCUACCCGGAACAGUGCGCUGCUCGAUGAGGAGCACUACUUCGGCAUGUAUGUCGCGGCCGCGCUCCGCACGUUCGAUGCCUUGGCCCGUGACACAGCCAAGGUCAAGAUCAUGGACCUGAUCAUGCAUUUAAGACACAACGUCGACCCUAAUCAUAGGAAGUAGUGGCCAACGGGAAACCGCACCUCGCUGUUGUGCACCCAUCGUGUUCGCAUACAAAGUAACAGAGGCAGCAAUAAUCGACAUGACGUGAGCGAGUGUCUUGUCGCCUGUCAUUUAGUUUUCACUCGGUGAUGAGUCUCCCGCCAGCACCUUGUUUCUUGAGCACGUUGAAGCAUGCGUGAACUUGUUUUAACGCAGCAUUGUAGUUGAGAUGUAUGUAAAGAUAAAUUAAUUGAGGUCAUUUGUGUAAGUGAACUGUGUUGGUGGAAUGCACGGCCAUGAUCAUAAGAGUCAAACACAUCCGCUGAGGUCGCUAAGCAGCUAUGGUGUUCUGUGCAACUGAUUUUGAGGUCAUGGGUUAGAUCCCCGCCCGGAUGCCAAUGGUGAAUGAAAUGCAAGAAUGCUUGUGUGCGUUGCUUUGAGUGCAUGGUAAAGAACUGCUAGUGGUCAUGAUUAAACAACUGUACAUCUCUUAACUGUUGUCUUGCUUCGGCAUGUUAAGUCACAUCGGUCCAUCGCGAAUUAAAUGCCCUCCCUUGUAAGCAAGCAUUGAAAAACCUAAUGUUUUCAGAAAUCUUUCUUUACAAUGCAUGCUUAAAGGAAAAAUCAUGGCACAGUGACCAGAAUUCUAGUCAGCUUGUUCCACAGUGAAACAAGCUGGAACAAGUCAGCUUGUGCAUUUUGUUCCAACUGCUAUUUUUUAUGGAAGAAGAUGAUUUGCAUGCCGUGUUGGAUUGAGGUCUGAUGUAUGUUUUCUAAUGUCACACAGCUCUUCCGACUUUGCAUGUUUUUGAUGAGGGCAAAGAAGAGAUGGUGAGAGCUUAAUGCUCCAUUUGCCAGCACUGUGUAUUGUACAGAGUAGUCACAGCUAAGCCAGAGGUCCUUUGCCAUAUACAGACCAUCAAUUUGUUAAGUUGUCAAGUGGAACAGUGUGGGUACUUGGCCAGCGAUUCCUGCAGCAUAAUCUCAUAAUAGUAACCCGUAGUUAUCAGCAAAGUUUGCAGGUUGGUGCACUGUGCAAUCGUGUUAACGGGAUUAGCCACAUCAGGACUCUCAGAAUGCCACAUUUUUGCUGGCGGUGUGGAAAAUGUAAUUAUAAGUGACUGCACAUUUUAUUAUCAUAACUUUUUUUUUCAUUGUACCAAUUACUACUAUAUAAGUGGGGCAAAGAGUGCUAGUUGCACGAGUCAUCACCUACAAUGUGGAACCUCCUGCCUCUCAGUGCUCGAAGAAUUGUGGUAACUAUGGUCACUGCAGGCAUCACUGGCCAACUAUCUGUCCAGUCAUUCCUUACAUCCUAGAGCACUGUACUUUUGUUGUACUUCAAGUUUUACUGAGCUUCAACUUUUCACUACGUUCAUACCUAAAGGUCAAUAUUGGUGCCAAUGUUAUUUUCUAGAAACAGGCUUGUUGAUUAAAUCUUGGCACAUUGAUGCUGUUCAUUUGAAGGUAACUUAGUGCUGGAGAGGCACAAGUGCAUGAAUGGAUCCAUGCAUGAAGGGUUUAUUUCUUACUUUCGAAAAGUACAAAGUAAGCACACUUUCUGCAUGUACCAGGCAUGUUGAGGUGCCUGCUUUCUAACAAACAUGCCUUCAGAGUCACAAGUGUUAAACUUAUUUUCUAUAUCAGGGAACUUCAUGGAAAAAUCUCGAGCUUCGCCAAUCUGUUUAUUUGGUUAACUGUCUCCACUGUUGAUCAAACAGAUGCCCAGCCAGUCGAAAGAUUCUUGAGCAAUUAGUACCACCUACAAUGCAGCAUAUACUAAGAAGGACUGGAACUGUUUGCUUUUGAGAAAAGGCUAACGAUGGAUAAGAUUAUGUUUCAGCCUUUUACAAGUUGUUUAGCAAAGUGCUCAUUUUCGAAUGCAAGAGAAAUCUGCCAUUACGAAUUAUUCAACGAAAGCGCUGUUCUAUAGAAAUUCUGAGAACACAGUUUUCACUAACCUAUUGGAAGGAGAAGGCAUGUGAAGAAAAAAUGCCUAUCACGGCAAAGCUUCUGACACUGCAGGGUUUGCAGGCUUAGAUUCACAUAUGAUGUAGGUAGAGGAAAAGGAAAUUUGGGUUGCACAUAAGUAAAUAAAAAAGCACUGAAGACACAAAGUACGGUGGAUUUAUGUGUAAGGAUAAACAGUCAUUCAUUAAACUAAAAGGCAUAGUUACAGCUACCACACAACCACAAUGAAUCGGUUUCUGUAUACAAAUGCAAAGUAAAUUAAUGAAGGUGAGAACUUAUAAUACUUAAAAGCCUAUGAAUGAAGUUUGUAUGAAUCCAUCGGUAAAAACAGUACGAAAUGAACGCGGGCAAGGAAAGAACACAGGCCAAGCGCUUGUCGUGUGUGCCUCCCCUGUCCGUGUUUAUUUUGUGUUGUCUUUACCGAUGUACCGCAGCAGGUUGCUACACGAAAGUGGAAUAUUUAAAAGAGCGAAAGAGGUAAAUCUUAGUCACAUCAUCAAAGCCGAUUGCAUCCAUACUGAAACGUACCUGUAUGCUCUCCACUGAUUCUGUUUCUCAUGUAUCAUUCUUAUGGGAUUAUUGAAGAUUUUGUAACAAUUCAGCUUCAGUGUUGUGAGAAGAGUAUGGUAGACAUACAGAAUUAUUGCACUGUGUAAGGGCCUUUUCGUUAUUGAUGACCGAGUGUGAUCAAGUUCUGGGAAACCGACGGCUUCACAGGCAGAACAGGUAAAUUUCUUAACUUCUUUAAGAUGAUAACAAGAUGAAUACAAAGGCAGCAAUGUAAAACUACCAGUGGGAGAGCCUAAAGUCUUCCAGAUGUGGCAGACUGUAUUAAAGGGACCCUGAAAUGAUUUGGACGAUUUUCUACAAACAUAAUGAGUUGUUAGAGUAGGUCCUUCUGAUCAUUAAUUCACGCAUCCAAGUGCUUCGCAUAAAGUGUGUAAUUUAUUAUAAGGUUUUAAAGAUGCACAUCCUUGCCAAUUGCAGCACACUGUGCGGCGGAAUUUUAAGCCGUCCCUACCCAUAUGACGGAAGUCACCCAUAUGACAUCACUAGGACGAGCUAUCCGAUUGGCUGAUCAGGGCACGUGAUCGUUAACUUUUCCAACUUUCUGGCAAACAAAUGAUUUUCGUGAUAGUUGAAAUGUUAGUUAAUUUGUUUUUAUAAAAAGAAAGUAACAUAAAGGGGAUGCACAACAACAAUUUUUUCAGUACACUUAAGCACUUCCGGCAUACAGCAAGUGUCGUCUGCUUGUGUUACAACGUGCUCCGUCUUUGACGAGAGCUCCGCCGUCAGUGUCGGUCUGUCUUUUCACGAGCGCUAUGAUUUGACUUUGUUGCAUUGUGGACUGCAAAGGUAGCGACUGGCAAUACGUCAAGCUGCGACAUCAUGUCCCUCUGCAAGCCAGUAGACGAGCGGACUGGCUGCAGCGCAUCGGUCUGCUGCUAUUCAAUCGGUGCCAGCAUUUGUGCGAUCGUGGCCAUCAUUUUACACCGGAAGAUUACUAACGCAAUAGCGUUUCGCGAGUCCGGUAUUAGGGUAAAUACAAGCGCAAAGGGGACAGGGCCUGGCCGUGUCCCCUUGCAUGUCGUUUCAUGGGAUGAACAGAAGCGCAAAUGUGAAUGGUCUGCACGGUGCAGCCACCUGGUGGCAUAGAGCUCAACCAGACACAGUAGCAGAAACAAAAUGCAUUCUUUGCUGCUGGUGUAAAUUUUUCGCAGGCGUGUAAUCGUUGACACGUUAUUUCUGUAAAUGUUUAAAAUGUUUUACACGUGGUUAGAGCAAUAUUAACUCUUCCUUCGGCUGGUUAAGCUCUGCCCCAAUGGGUGGCUGGACCAUGGAGACCAAGCAGGCAGCUCACGUAUGUCUACGCUAAAGUUCCUUCAUCAGCUUGAGUUUAUGCUUCCACCGUUCCGUCGAAACGUUCCGCUAGUGUGUGGUUGACGAAAUACCAGACAUGUUCGGCGCUGUGACAGAAUGCUCGCAACGCACGCUGCUUCGAUAGCUCUCGCUUGCGGUCGACGGCCAAGCGGCUAGCGGAGAGGUUUCGUGUGGGCAGGAGUGGGCUCCAAAACAACCGGAAGUGGACAAUGUGACAUCGCAUUGUGACUCAGAACCAGUGAAGGCGGAGCUUAACCCCGAUGGCUCGGUGAACGAGUUGAAGAGGAAAAGCAUGGCUAGGGAGGAGGGUAACUUGUAAUCGCUUGUAGCUGCAUUAAUACGUAACGCUUCACUGAAAUUGUGGUGCGAAUGUUCUACUUAAGCUGUACCCUACGCGUCUACAAAAUUUGUCCGAACCGUUUCAGGGGCCCUUUAAGAUAUUGCUGUGCUUGCCCAGUGCCUACUGGAAAUACAUUUGGGAUGAUCAUGAACGUGCAUUCUGGCACAUGCAUCAGUUUGAUGGUAUCGUCAAACCGAUUUCAGAGUUAAUUUUAAGGGGUAUGUGUAUGUUUGAUGGCAACGGUACUAAUGUAAACCAUCAGCAGUCAAGCUUUAGCCAGAAAUAAGACUGAUAAGGCUGAAAGAAGUUUUUAUUGAGCAGCUUAUCGUAAUAUGGUGUACAUCAUAAAACGUGUCUGCAUUGGGAGCAUGGAGUUACUGCGUUUUGCAUUAGACUAUGUUACAAUUCUUUUGGCUAGAAAUUUUGCUUAAUUGAACACAUCUUGCCCUGUGGCAUACAUAAGUACCUAGCUAAAAGCGUACAUAAAACAUGUAAGUUAUGCUCAAUAGGUUCAACUGUCACAGCAAUAGAGUCAUGCUAGGAAAUUAGUAGUGCGAUGCGAUCACUGCAUAUUGGCACUGGUAUCUGUGUAUGUUAUUUCUCAUUGUCCACAGUGUGAACUGAUGAAGGUGUCGAGAAGUACAGCGUAGUUACUGUAUUUUCUGAAAUAUAACACGCGCCUGCAUAUUAAGGAGUGCAAGUACGAAGUGGACAUACCUGUGAAUGGGAUUUCAUGGCAUCACACAGUGAAUGCACUGUUGUGUGACGCUACAUGCAAAGGCAAAAUUUGCUCCUCAAUCUGCACUGCAACGGUGUGUGAAUGCGCAUCCGGCUUUAAUAGACAGCAGUGGUAAACAGUGGUCACAAUCAACCGUGCCAAGCAUGUUUGUUUACGGAGCUUUGCUGGCUGCUGACAAUUGUGUCGAGUUACUUUUGUGAAAAUAUGGGUGUUGUAUUGGAAAUAUUUGGGGAUUGUAGGCUCGCAAUGGCUGUAUAUAUAUAAUAUUUUUUUUCUUUUUCGCAGGUUGUAAUUGCAGGUGUAGGUCAUACAUAGGGGCAGCUUCUGUGCGAAAAAACAUAUGGUAAAAUUUGUCGAAGGUAUGGGGCUUGGAAAUGUUCCUUUAGUGUGAUAUUCUCUCUCUCUCUCUCCCACUUCCCUAAUUUUGGUGCAAUGAAUGUACAUGAACUCCAAGCCACCAUUCAAUUGAUCACAAAAGCUGAUUUUUGAUAAAAUGUUUAAGAGUAAUUACAGUGAUGUACUGGCUUUAGUGCUCACAAGGGGAUUGGAAGUCAGCAAACUGAUGUUACUUACUUGCAAGCUUGUGGUGUAGUAUAAUGUGACUCCUAAGGUUCUCACACUUUUGUGGGAAAGCAUGUGUAAACAUUCAUUUAGGUGAGAGCUGUGGUUUUUGUGGUUGUGAUGUAAAAUAUUGUGUUUCUAGCAGUGCAUUUGUGCAGCAGUUCUAUGCUCCAUGUUGCACUUAGCAAGUUACGCUGUUGCUGCUGCGUUACUAUUCACAAAUACAUUGCGACUGCUGCUGUACACUAGUGCACCAUUUGGUAAAAGAGGGCAGGAGGCCAUAUCGCAACUCUAUACUUUCUUAUUAUCGACUCGCCUAGCCUAACCGCCCUCUUUCUUCUUUCUUUCUCUCCGACUUCCACCCAACAUUCCAUAAAAACAUGAGUGUUGUAACUGAUGAAAAAGAGAAAUUUUUAUCGGGAAAUAUGUUGUUUCCACCAAUAUACCAUACCACUUACAUGAACACACUAGCCACGCUCUUAAAAAUUGCACAACCUUUAGGGUGCGAUUUUGUUGAACAACAAUAAUCAUAAUCUGUGCACAAUUUCAUUCCUUAACACUACAGACCUGGUACGUUCUUGUCAGGAAUGCCAUGUGUCUAAGGAUCCUGUAACAUUAACAAAGGAAAUGCACACAAGAUGGAUGGCAAAACUGUAUGCCAGCAUUACACCUUAAAGGGUGUUAUACAUUAAUGCAUUCUUAACUGUGCACCUGGAAAGGUGCACAGCUGUAUUGCACUCUUUAAAAAUAUACACCCUUGUAUGAAUGCUGUACACCCUAAAUGUAAAAAGGUGUAUAUUUACGGUUGUACACCCUAAACGGUGUCUGUAAUGUGCAGUUGUAUUUUGUUUUAAGCCGUAAGGGGUGUACAGCAUAUGAAUGUGCAUUAUUGAGUUGAACCUGAGCGACGGCCUAUUGCAAUAAUUCAGUUUUGCAUGAGAAUUACAGUUAAUCUGGUAACAGUGGUAACCGAGUGGGUUAUAGUUGCGACUUGUAGUUAUGGACUACACCUUUAGGGAUCUGUAACUGAAGGUCAGAUCACUUGGGGUUAGUGUGGCUGUGCAACUAGGCACAGCUUGAAGGCCUUGUCACUGGUAUUGUUUGCAGCCACUGAUGUCAGGUUGUGUCAAUCGGAAAGGACCGCAUCAUCAUAGUAUUCUGAAGAGACACGUUAAAUUGCAAAUCGAUUCGUGCUUGCAAAAGUGGAGCACAGCUUACAGCGGCAGUCGAAGGUGCCAGGCAGCAGUGUAGCUUUGACCGGGUAGUGCACCAGAUAUGGUAAGAUAAGGAAGUCUGCGCUGUGUCCAGAGUUGUGCAUUUUAGAGGAAGUAAACUGCUGACGUGCUCCAUAGUUGAUGACGAGAAGAAAAUGACACUACAUUCCCCCGGUGUGGUCUGCCUGCCGUAGCAUCAUUCACACAUUCACUUAGCACACAGCAGGUGUACCUUGCUCAGGUCAGGGUGUCAUCAGUCCUCUAGGAUCGUGUUGUUUGCAUUAGCACUCCCUGGGUUGUAUUCUCAAUCAGUGACUUUUCGUAACAAUUUCUCUUCCGCGUGACGGAAGAUGUGGUGCACAACCUCAAACAGUCACGAGCGUACCUCGAUGCCACAAAGUUUUGGUUGCCAAUCAUGCUAGUGCAUCAAACGCUGACACGAUACAGGAAUAAUGUUAGUGAUGAGUGUUCCUGCUAUUACGCUUGUUCUGUAAGGAGACUUAGCUGCGUGAGCCCAUUAGCGUACACAGAAACUAAUAUACUCAGAACUGAGAUCAUAUGAUAACGCGAUUUUGGUGAUUCCCUGGCUGCCGCCCGCAUUUAUUCCUGGAGAAGACAUGCUAAAUUCUCUAAUAUGUUAUCUCCACCAAAAUUUAGACGACAAGGCAUGCUGACUAAAAGUACAUUACAUAUAAAAGUACACUACACUGAUGUUCACUAAAAACUAGUUAAAAAGUGAAACUUGCUCUGAAACUGCAGCUUUGCCUCACAAUGUCAGAGUAACAUUAAAUGGAAUCAUGAUAAUGAAAGAUAAAUACACAACAGUAUAAUAUAAUUGGACACCCAAUAUUAACUCUACAACUUUACAAGGGUUGAUAUAUCACCUUGCACUUGGCCAUACCGACACAUUUAUAGCACAACAGAAAAGGAAAGCAAGCAUGGACAGGGAGAACACAAAACAAGUGGUAACUUUCAGCAUAUGUCUUUCUUUUAAACAAGGUGCACAUACAUAUAUUGACAAUGCCUAUACUCUAUUACAUAUACCAUGUUCUGUCAAAACAAACAUACAACUCAUGCAGAUGCUAUUGACAUAUAAAAUGACAUAUAAAGUUCCCUUAGGAUGGAGGGCUUGCACACUCGGAGCUUGAACUUUGAAAUUUUUCUCAUCUUAUUUGUUGUUAGACUGUCUUCCUGUCUCGGCACGGUAGAACAACUUUGAUAAAGUGGCUUGGAUCUGCAUGCUCUGCCAUGUCCUCUGUCGUGUCUUCUAGUGACGUUAUUGCAGUUUGCACUUAGCAGGUCAUUCACCCCAUCCCCACUUGCCCGACAUGAUGCUUUUCACAGCGAAGACAUACCUAGUAAGUCAUAACAAUUCACAGAAAGCAUUAUGUGCCAUUUGUUGGAACCACACCUUUUGCCAGAUAUUUCACACACUGUUUGCCAAGUUGCAUGGGGUCGGAAGCACUAAGAUUAGCAUGUCCUGCCUCACCCCCACUCCCUUUCUCAAGCCCCCUCCCAAUUAGGCAAGAGAUAUUGUGCCAUUGUUGUACGCCACUUUUUCUUUUCUAAGAGGCCUAAACGCUCCUGAAACGCUUGCUAGCUCGUAUGAUUUCCCAAGGAAUUUUUCAAUGUGCACCUGAAUGUUCAGGGGGGCAACCUCUGACCAACAUCUAAGAAGAUUGGCAGUAGAACAACAUGUCUCUCGGUGAGAAUGUUUCCUAGUCAAACACUGACAGAUGUAAUUUUUUUUUAUUUCUUGGGUUUUAUGUGCUAAAGCCACAAUAUGAUUAUUAGGUACACCAUAGUGCUGGGGCUCCAGAAAUGAUUAAUACCUGGGGAUGUUUAACUUGCACCCAAUGCGCGGUACAUGGGCGCUUUUGCAUUUCGCCCUCCAUCAAAAUGCGGCUGCUGCAGCUGGGAUUUCACCCCACGACCCCAUGCUUAGCACCACAACGCCAUAGCCACUAGGCCCCUGAGGCAGGUCUGACACAAGUACUGUCUGUUCUUGUUUCACUGUAGCAUAAAUCUGUCUUGUCGACAGUAAAUGAGCUGACACGUUUCAUUCAUUUCUAGCAGGCAAGCAAAAGAAAGCGAGACAUAUAUGAGUGGGACUUGGCAUUGUAAAUAUAAACUGCUAGUAUAAGUGUAGCUCAAUAUUGGGAGUUGAAGGCCAAUUGCAACAGAAGUUUUGGCCUUGUAAAAAGCCUAGUUUCAGAUAGCGUUGAUGUUGAGCAGCGUUCGCGCAAUAUACGAGUGAAUGUGUCACAAAAGGCUCGCAAAAGUAGAUGUUUGUGCAGAAAAAAACAAAUGCUGUCGUCGCUGCUCGCCGCAAGUGAUGCAUGACUCAGAUUGUGCUGUUCCUCAGCAUGAGGUCAGAGAUUAGGCGCCACAUGUAGUUGUCUGUGGCACGCUUGAACAUCUUGGAGGUGACGUUCUGGGACUUUCUCAUUGUCUGCUUAGGGGGCUAUUUAAAGGCUUCUGCUAAGAAAAUUAAGCAAUUGCCAGCCGUGCAGUUUUACCAAGUCUGUUUCAGUAGUAUAUACUACUCAUUCUAUAAUCGAUUUAAUGUAAGUGAAAUUUCGUUGCAGUUGGCCCUUUGAAGGGUUCGUCAUACCUUGGACUGUGUUCUUUGUCGAUGACAUUCAGGAACGGCUUUUUCAGUGCGUGCUGGCUUGCUAAACCAGCAACAACGUGCAACACCAAAUGUACUUAGAGGUGACAUUAAUUCUCAUCAGCAUUUAUUUCGUGUCACAUAAUUGGCUGAGUACAGAGAUAGGAUGGGCAGCAGAAAAAUUGUGGCAUCGAUGAAUACUCAUUGACUCUGAGGGCGUUGCACUGAAUGCUACUUCUACAAAAAGGGAAUGUAAUUCAACAUGUGGCCCCCGAUUUUACCAGGAGUGCUGUGUCGUCCAAAGCUGAGCACUCCCCAGGAAAUACCCGUGUGAAGUCCUCUUUUGGGAGUAGCACUAUUUUAGUUUUCGUUUUGUUUUUUAAUGAGUUGUGUUGUUGACUUGCUCUUUCUGGUAUUUAAAAAAGAAGGAACAAUGAGAUUUUUCUAUUCAAAUCAUUGUUGUGUUCGGAUGCGAGUUCGAAGGCUUCAAAUUUAAGACUACAAUUCACCUGUUUUUUUUUUUUUUUUUCUGGCGAUAUUGCCUUUUUUAAAGCAUGCACCAAAAGUAUGUGUUUCUUGGAACAUCGAAGUUGAGGGUGUGCUUUUGCCUAUGUAUGCCUUAGUUGCCUAAAACUUUCUUCAGUCAUGCUCAUUAUCUUGUGAUUAGAACAACUAUUUAUGAACACAAGUCUGCGCCGUCUCAUUUCUCUGAAAAUUUAUAUUCAUGGUCUACCUCAGUGUGGUAAGCCCCUUUCUUUAUCUAAUGUAAUGACCCUAUGAUAAUAUGGUGCAGCUGUCUAAUUUUUCAGGUCACAGGACAUGUUGUGCCAUGGUGACAUGAAAGAAAAAAAUUAAAACUGCCUUUUCCUCACGUGUUGUAAGCCCUGCACGUUUCUUAUUGUGAUAUUUUUUCGUGCUACCAAUACUCCCAAGAGUUUGCUUUUUGAACUCUUGCUUUUACUUGCAAUAUUUAUUGACAUUCCCACAUUCAUCAGACGCAUCUUGACUGGUUGAAGUGUUUUGAAGUCAUUCUUCGUGUUUUUUAUCUCAUGGUGUGUGACUGGAACAUGUGUUGCAAAUGUCAUACAUGGGCUGUUCUUUCUUCUUUUUUUUUUGCUGUUGUGUUUCCGUGUUGGUAAUGUCUACAUGAUAUUUUUUGUGGUGUGAGCAUGUCUGUUCAUGUCUCUCAUUAGAGGACGUCCUUCAUAGGUGAAAUAAAGCAGAUGUGUCAAUUCUUUGA